AUGGAAAAUCGAAUCAAAGCAGCAUAUGCAUGUUUCCUUAAAGGAAAUGCUAAAGCUGCUGAAGAUACAAUGUACAAUAUAUUAGAUAUUCUCCAAAAUGAUAUUAUUCAAAAUGAUAAUUGGCAAUCUAAUAUUCAAUUAUUAUCAGUCGCUUUAAAAUAUCUUGUCGAAAUCACUGAAAAAACAGGAAGCAUACACAAAUCUAUAGCAAUUGCCCAACUUUUAUCAAAGAUUUUAGAAUUUAUUCCUCAAGUAGAACUUUAUUAUAAAGGACAAAGUGAUGGAAGUUAUUCAGAAAAAGAUUUACUGGUACAGAAAGAUUUAUUUAUUAAUGAACUCAUAGAAAUCAGAGAAAUUCAAUAUUCGUUAGAUUACACAAAUCCACAAAAAUCAAUGCAGAUGAUUUUAAACGCGAUGCAAAAACAAAAAGAAAGACAACAGCAGGAAGUAUACGAAACUCUCAAAGAAUCAAAUGAGAUUUCAUCACACAAAAAUAAAUGUUUUUCAUCAACUGUCAUAAUUAUAUUUAUUUACGCCAUCGCUAUUAUUGCCUGCAUUAUUGCAUUCGUUCUAUACCGUCUAAAUAGGAAAGUUCACACAUUCCAUUACGAUGAAAUACGCAAAGAAAUUGAUCAAUAUAGAGAACAUUUGUCGAAAGUUAUUAAAGAUCUAUAA